CCCUCGCCCGGCUUCCACUCGGGGCUCGGGGUCCUGGCCCUGCGCCGGCGGCGGCCCCGGGGGCAUGCAGGCGGGCGCGUGGACGUGGGCGCACGCCUUCGCCAUGGACCUCACGCCGCAGCGCUGGCCCGAGACCAGGCACCGGAGCUGCCUCGAGCACGGCGGUGACCGCCUGGAGCUCCGGAUCGCGGAGAGCCCGGCCGCGGGCUUCGGCUACCAGGUCUGGCACGCCUCGAGGGCGCUCUGCUGCCACCUGGAGCUCCGCGAGAGGCAGCGGGGCUCCGCCGCGGCCCGCGGCCCCGCGGCGCCGCCCUGCCGCGGCCGGCGGGCGCUGGAGCUCGGCGCGGGCUGCGGCCUGGUGGGCCUGCUGCUGGCCAAGUCUGGGCGCGGACGUGACACUCACGGAUCUGGAAGAGGUCACGCCGAUCACCCGCCACAACGUGAGCCUGAACCCGCCCCUCGCUGCGGGCGAGGGCCGCGUGGACGUCGCCGCGCUACGGUGGGGGACCGACGUUCGCCGGGAGUUUCGCCGCGGCGAGUUCGACCUGAUCGUCGGCUCCGACCUCACGUACUCCCCAGAUCUGCACGCGCCCUUGCUGGCCACGCUGCUCCAGCUGAUCGGCGCGGAGACAGAGGUGCUGCUGGCGGCCACUCGCCGGCAAGAGCUCGGGCCAGAGCUGUGGCGGCGACGCUUCGCGCGCUACCUUGACGUAGAGCAGGUGGCCUCCGAGCAGGAGGUGGAAGCCUACGCGGCCCUGGGAACGUUCCCGAGGGCCGACAGGCCCUGCAGCAUCUUCAGGCUCCGCCUGGUCGGGCCCGCGCCGUUCCAGGAGGACCUCACGGAGCUCUUCCGCGGCCCGCGCGGCUGCGACCCCGGGGUGCUGCUGGUGCGGCUGGCGCUGCGGGAGGCUGCCCAGAACGGGCCCCUGAAGCCUGGGGAACCGAACUGCAUCCAGGACCCAUAA